AGCUGCCGCUCGGGCUGACACCCGCAGUGCUGCCGGGACGCUCGGCCCUCCAGUGUCGCGGAGCGGCAAGAGCAGCAGCACCUGUCGGCGGGCGGCGGGAGCCGGGAGCCGCGCCGGGCGGCGGCCGGGAGGGAGCGCCGAGCGCGUCUGCGCCGCUCAGCCCCGCCGGGGACGCGGAGAUGCGGACGGGGUCGCCGGGAGCGGGACCCAUCGCAGAUGUUGGAUCUUUGCGUGGAAAAACGUGUGGGUGCGACCUCGGCUGCCCCCAAGUGUAGCUCCGGCUCUGUGAAGAUUCACGGGUUGGCAGGGACGACUGAGGAGACCAUGAAAAUGGACAUGGAGGACGCAGAUAUGACUCAGUUGACAGAGGCUGAGUUUGAAGAGAAAUGUACAUACAUUGUGCACGACCACCCCUGGGAUUCUGGUGCCGAUGGGGGGACCUCAGUUCAGGCAGAAGCAUCCUUACCAAGGAAUCUGCUUUUCAAAUGUGCCACCAACAGCAAAGAGGUUAUCGGCGUGCUGAGUAAAGAAUACAUACCAAAGGGAACACGAUUUGGGCCCCUAAUAGGUGAAAUCUACACCAGCGAUACAGUUCCCAAGAAUGCCAACAGGAAAUAUUUUUGGCGGAUCUAUUCCAGAGGGGAACUUCAUCACUUCAUUGAUGGUUUUAAUGAGGAGAAAAGCAACUGGAUGCGCUACGUGAAUCCAGCACAUCCAGCACAUUCUGCCCGGGAGCAAAACCUGGCUGCGUGUCAGAACGGGAUGAACAUCUACUUCUACACCAUUAAGCCCAUCCCCGCCAACCAGGAGCUUCUUGUGUGGUAUUGUCGGGACUUUGCAGAAAGGCUUCACUACCCUUAUCCUGGAGAGCUCACGAUGCUUAAUCUCACUCAAACACAGAACAGCAACCCAAAGCAGCCAAGUGCUGAAAAAACUGAACUUUGUCCAAAGAAUGCUCCAAAGAGAGAGUACAGUGUGAAAGAAAUCCUGAAAUUGGACUCCAACCCCUCCAAAGGGAAGGACUUCUACUGUUCUAACAUUUCACCCCUGGGUUCAGAGAAGGACACGGAUGACUUUAGGAAAAAUGGGAGCCCUGAUAUGCCCUUUUAUCCUCGGGUUGUGUACCCCAUUCGGGCUCCUCUGCCAGAAGACUUUCUGAAAGCCUAUGGGAUGGAGAGACCGACUUAUCUCACUCACUCCCCCAUUCCAUCCUCCACCACUCCAAGUCCCUCGGCAGGAAGCAGCCCAGACCAAAGCCUGAAAAGCUGCAGCCCUCAUCGCAGCCCAGGGGACACAGUGUCACCACUGGCUCCUGGCUGUCAAGAACACCGGGACUCCUACACUUACUUGAAUGCACCCUAUGGCACUGAAGGUCUGGGCUCUUACUCUGCAUACCCACCCCCGCCCCACCUCCCACCAGCUUUCAUCCCCUCCUACAAUGCUCACUACCCCAAACUCCUGUUACCCCCCUAUGGCAUGAAUUGCAAUGGCUUGGGUGCUGUGAGCAACGUCAAUGGCAUCAACAACUUUGGCCUCUUCCCUCGGUUGUACCCGGUCUACAGUAACCUCCUAGGUGGGGGCAGCCUGCCUCACCCUGUCCUCAGCCCAGCUGCAUUCCCGAGCUCGCUGCCCUCAGAUGGAGCCCGGAGGUUGCUUCCUCCUGAGCAUCCCAGAGACGCAUUUGUGCCAGCCCUCCGCAGUGCCUUUUCUCCCACCGGGGCAGCGGCCAGCAUGAAGGACAAGGCGUGUAGCCCCACGAGUGGGUCUCCAACGGCGGGAACAGCUGCCACAGCAGAUCAUGUGGUACAACCCAAUGCUACCUCAGCAGCAAUGGCCACCCCCAGCGGCGAUGAAGCCAUGAAUCUCAUUAAAAACAAAAGAAACAUGACCGGCUACAAGACACUUCCCUAUCCGCUAAAGAAGCAGAAUGGCAAGAUUAAAUACGAGUGCAACGUGUGUGCCAAGACCUUCGGCCAGCUCUCGAAUCUGAAGGUCCACCUCAGAGUGCACAGUGGAGAGCGGCCUUUCAAAUGUCAGACUUGCAACAAGGGCUUUACACAGCUUGCCCACCUGCAGAAACACUACCUGGUACACACGGGAGAGAAGCCACAUGAGUGCCAGGUCUGCCACAAGCGAUUUAGCAGCACCAGCAAUCUCAAGACCCACCUUCGACUCCACUCAGGAGAGAAACCUUACCAGUGCAAGGUGUGCCCUGCCAAGUUCACCCAAUUUGUGCAUCUGAAGCUGCACAAGCGACUCCACACCCGGGAGCGGCCCCACAAGUGUGCCCAGUGCCACAAGAGCUACAUCCAUCUCUGUAGCCUCAAGGUCCACCUGAAGGGGAACUGCCCAGUGGCUCCCGCCAGUGGGCUGUCCUUGGAGGACCUGACCCGAAUCAAUGAAGAAAUUGAGAAGUUUGACAUUAGUGACAAUGCCGACCGGCUUGAGGACAUGGAGGACAACAUGGAUGUGACCUCAGUGGUGGAGAAAGACAUUCUGGCCAUGGUCAGAAAAGAGAAAGAAGAGAGUGGCCUGAAAGUAUCUUUGCAAAGAAACAUGGGAAAUGGACUCCUCUCCUCAGGCUGCAGCCUUUAUGAGUCAUCAGACCUGUCCCUCAUGAAGUUGCCUCAUAGCAACCCACUACCUCUGGUACCUGUCAAGGUCAAGCAAGAGACAGUCGAACCCAUGGAUCCUUAAGAGUUUCACAAAACACAGUGUUUUUUAAGUUAUGACUUGGCAAGUCAGGGUGCCUGUAGCAAAUUGCUUGUACAUAAUUCCAGUUCUGCAAAGGGCUUCCAAUGGCAGGGGUUUCCCUCACCUCUCUGGAAUUGAAGGACUCCAAAGUUACUAGAAUCUCAGGGUAUAAAUGAAACAAAAACUCACUCUCUUGAUAUACAUAUAUAUAUAUACAUAUAUACAUAUUAUAUAUACUUAUUUACACCCAUGUCUAUAUAUUUGAACCUGUGUAUUUUGAAUAUUUGUGUGGAUAUGUUUGCAUAGCCUCCCCAUUACUAAGACUAUUGACUAACCAUAAUUAUUUUUUCAAUGAUAAUCCUUCAUAAUUUAUUAUACAAUUUAUCAUUCAAAAAGCAAUAAUUAAGAAAGUUUACAAUGACUGGAAAGAUUCCUUGUAAUUUGAAUAGAAGUGUAUUUUUGUCUUGUGGCCAUUCUUUGUAGAUAAUUUCUGCACAUCUUUUUUAAGCACCUAAGAUUUAGUAGACAGACACAUUAUUUCACUCCACUACUCUAUAAUAAUGGUUUAAAGUAAGAUUUUGGUAUUGCCAAAGUUAAACAGUUGAUGUGUUCAUUUAUAGGAUUGUAUCAUUUGAACAGUGUUGUAUAACUUGAGGGUUUGUGUGCAGAAUUACCCAAUAAUUUGAGUAGAAGGAACAAGGAAAGGGAUCUUAAGUGUUUAUGUUAAUAGCUUUUUUUUCCCCAGCCACAAUUUUAUCAGGUGACAGGAAGGCUUUGCCAACUUGUUUCUCAAAAAAAAAA